AUGUCCGCCGUUCACCGCGCGCUCGCGCUCGUCGCGGUCGCAUGCGCAUCCUCGCUCCCGGCGACCGCCGACCACGUCGUCUACGCCCCGCCUCCGCCCUCCCCUCCCCUCCCCGCUCAGCGAACCUUCCCGCUCCUCGACGCGACGCCCCUCGGCCUCGGGCCGUCCCCUUGCCUCGGCGGCGUGAACGGGCUGCAGGCGCGACUCGCCGCGGUCGAGGCGUCGCAGGCCGAGGCUGCGCAGGUGGUCUCCGCGCAGGCCAGGUUCCUCGGCGGGUCCGAGCGCGGGUUCCUCGGGGGCGCGUUCGAGGGAUGGGGCAGGCGCGGCGCCGAGGAACCCGGCGAGGAAAGCCUCGACGUCGUCGCCACCGGCCUUCGCGCCGCCGCCCUCGGCACGUCCUCCGCCGCGGAGGGAAACUACUCGCUCGCGGCGGGCGAGGCGACGCUAUCGUCGGGUGAGGCGUCCAUGGCGCUCGGCAAGGGCGUCGCCGCGACCGGCGACGGAGCCGCGGCGCUCGGGGUUUACACCCUAUCUCGGGGAGCCGGAGCCUUCGCCGCCGGCGGCGGCGGAGCCGCGCUCGGCGACCUAUCGUCAGCGCUCGGCGCGGGGACGACCGCGUCCGGCGAAGCGUCCUCGUCGUUCGGGGUGCUGACCAACGCCAGGGGCGUCGCGUCGACCGCCAUGGGCGACAGGACCGUCGCGACGGGCGAAGCCUCCACGUCGUUGGGAGCCGAAACCGAAUCCACCGGCAAGGCGAGUUUGGCCGCGGGCGUGUCGACGAGGGCGACGGGCGAGGGUGCCGUCGCGGGCGGCGUGCGGACGCUCGCCUUGGGGCGCGGGGCGUCCACGCUCGGUGUGUUAACACUCGCCAACGCGCUGGGGUCGUCCGCGAUCGGGUUGGCGGCUGCCGCCGGCGGAAUCGGAUCGGCGGCGAUUGGCGCGGGUGCAUACGCGGGCCCGCUCUCGCUCGGGUCCGUCGCCGUGGGUUUGCUGACUCGGGCGGAGAGGCACGGAUCGUUCGCCGCGGGGUUCCGAUCGAGGGCCGUGGACGUCGGCGCCGUCGCCAUCGGAAGGGAAACGUGCGCGGGAACGGCGUGCGGGAGCAUCGAGCCGCUGUUGCCGAGGCUGCUGCCGGGGAGGUUGACGGCGAAAACGACGACGCGAGACGCUAACGCCGUUGGAUAUAACGAUUACUUCGACGACGCGUCCAGCGUCAGCAUCGGAUCGAACACCAACGCCUCGGCACCCGGUGCCGUCGCGUUGGGCCACGGCGCCGUCGCGACCGCGAACGGGUCGUUCGCGUUCGGCGCGGGCGCGACGGCGACCGGAACGAACGCCGUGGCGAUGCCGGGGGCGACGGCUGUCGAGCCGGGGUCCCUGGCGGUUCUCGGGACUGUCUCAGCCGCCGGGUUCAACCUCACCGGCGUGGACGGGGAGCUCAACUCGGUGGCGGCGCUGGUAGCCAGGGUGGAGGAGCUCAGCGCUCGGGUCGCGGCGCUGGAGACUGGUGUCGCGAUUCCGUGA